AUGUUUUGGAAUGUUUUGAUUUAUUUUAUAUUAAUUAUUUAUAAUUGUUUUUGUUAUUAUAAUAACCAUGAAACUGUUUCUGAAAGAUAUAAUUAUGAUGAAUAUUUAAAUCAAUAUAGAGAUAAAAAUUUUAAUGAUAAUUAUCAAAAUCAUUAUAAACCAAAAGACUAUGAAAAUUUUAAAGCUGUUCCAUUAAAUUAUUUAUGUUCUGGAUAUUCGUAUGAAAGAUUUGGUAAAAUUUCUUUAGGAAAAUGUAAUCAACAUUAUAUGGUAUGUAAUUUUGUUUAUAAUUCUGGUAUUAUUGAAUCAUGUGAAGAAGGUUAUAUAUUUGAUAGAUAUAAGGGUUGUAUUCAAGCUUCAUCAAGUAAACAUUGUAUAAAUACAAAUAAAGAUGAUAGAGAUUUAGCUAUAAUACAAUUGGCAAAAGAUGUUAAAUUUUGUAAUCAGGGUGCUGGUAUUUACAGAGGUCAUACAGGAAACAAUAUAUGUUCUAAAGAAAUACUUAUAUGUACUGAACAAAGAAAACCAAUUUUAAUAUCUUGUAGACCUGGUUUUAUUUUAUCAUUUAAUCCAUUAUCUAAUAAUUUAGGAAAAAAAAUAGAAUGUAUAAAAAAAGUUGAUUGUCAAUUUGAAGUUACACACAAAGUAACACCUGUUACAAUGGAAAUGAUGGUUAGGUAUUGUCAGAUGAAAGAUAAUAAAAAUGAGUAUAAUUAUUUUAAAUUAAAAGAUGAAAAAAUAUGUAAAAAUUGGUAUGUUUCAUGUGGAAUUGAUACUAUACGUGAAUUAGUAUUUUGUCCACAAAAUCAAAUAUUUGAUGAAAGAAUUGGUUUCUGUAGAAAUAAAGAAUAUGAUGAUCAAUGUAUUGAAAAAAAAUUAUGUACCAAACAAAAUAUGUGGAAAUUAUUACCAUUAGGAUAUUGUAAAGAAGAAUACAUUUAUUGUCAUGGAGAAAUACCAUAUACUAAACGUUGUAAUUAUCAUUAUAUAUUUGAUCCAUAUAAUAUGAAAUGUGUACCAAGAAAAAAUGUUGAAAUUUGUAAUAAAAAUGAUGGAAAAAAUCCUUUAAUACCAUCUUUAACACAAGAAAAUUGUAAAAAAAAUGAAAAUAUUAAAUUAUCAUGUUCAGAAUUAUUAAAAUGUAAAAAUGGUGUCUAUAAAAAAUAUGUAUGCCCUCAUUUAACAAGAUAUGAUGAAAAAUAUGACAAUUGUAUUAUUGAUAAAAAUUGUAAAAAAUAUACUCAUAUUAAUACAUGUAUUGAAGGAGAAUUAUUUACUGAUAAUAAUUGUAAAUUAAUAUUUAUAUGUAAAAAUGGUAAUUUUAUUGAAAAAAAAUGUAUAUCUAAAUUAUUAAAUCCAAUUGAAUAUGGUGAAUGUGAUAAAUGUUAUAGAGAUCAACAUUAUAAUAAAAAUAAUAAUCAUAUUCAUAAUAAAUAUUAUCAUGGAAUGGAAAGAGAAUCAUGUAAUGAUUAUGAUACAAUUCCAAGUCCUAAUAAAAAUGAAUAUUAUUUCUGUUAUGAUGGUUCAUGGUAUUUAAAAAAAUGUAAAGAAAAAAAAAAGUAUGAUCAUCAAUAUAAAAUGUGUAGAUAUAAUGAUGAUAUAUCAAAUGAAUAUAAUUAUGAAAAUCCUCAAAUUUAUAAAUGUAUUGAUCAUAUUAGUCCAUUAAUUCCUGAUUAUAAUGAUUGUACAUCAUUUAGUAUGUGUAUAAAAGGAAAAUAUAGAACAAUAAAAUGUCCAAUAGGUUCAAUUUUUAAUCCUAAAGGAUCAAUUAAAAAUAAAAAUUUUUGUUUAUCUUCAAUUACCUGUCCUCCACCUUUAUAUAAUAGAAAAUGUAAUAAUGGUGAAAUGUUAAUAACUAAAAAUUGUAACAAAUAUUAUGAAUGUUAUCAUAAUAAAUGGAGUGAAAGAUAUUGUAAAGAUGGAAGAUAUUUUAAUGGUCAAACUUGUUCAAAAAAUAUUAUUUGCCCUAAUAAAGAUAAUUUAUAUCCUUUACCUUUACCAACUCCAGGAUAUCCUGAUUAUACAAUACCAGGAAAACCAAAUUAUCCUAAUAAUUAUUGUUAUGAAGGAUCAAUACGUGAACAUGAAAAAUAUUGUAAUAGAAUAUAUAAAUGUAUUAAUGGAAAAGAAGUUAUUAAAAAAUGUAAAGGUGAAUCUGUUUAUAGUUGGGUUCAUAAACAAUGUAUUUUUGAUACUACAUAUUGUGGUAAUAAAGAAAUUUGUAAAAAUGGUGAAAGAAGUAAUACAAAAAAAACUUUAGAUAGAAUAAAUGAUCCAUUAUUUAAUAAAUAUUCAGUUACUAAUUUUAUAAAAUGUUACAACAAUAAAUGGCAUCAAAAAAGAUGUAAAACAGGUUUUGUUUUUGAUGUUAUAAAAUUAGAAUGCUAUAUUAAACAUAUAUUCCCUAAUUUACCAGAAAAUAAUAAUGAUAAUUGUAUUGAAUCUGGUGGAGAAGCUGGAUAUAAACCUCAUAAAUUUGAUUGUACCAAAUUUUAUCAAUGUGCACAUGGAAAAUGGAUUGAAAAAAAUUGCGGCCCAGGUACUGCAUGGAAUCAAAAGAUUACUACAUGUGAUCAUAUUGGAAAAGUAUCUAGUUGUAAAAAUAAUAAUAUUAAUUCAUAUUAA